AUCGGAGCAUUCCACCGGCCGGCGCCGAUCCAGAGCCAGAAGGGGACCAGCAAGAAGAUGCCUCGGCCGGGCCGAAACACGUACAGUGACCAGAAGCCACCCUACUCAUACAUCUCGCUGACCGCUAUGGCCAUUCAGAGCUCACCCGAAAAGAUGCUGCCACUGAGUGAGAUCUACAAGUUCAUCAUGGAUCGCUUCCCCUACUACCGAGAGAACACGCAGCGCUGGCAGAACAGCCUGCGCCACAACCUCUCCUUCAACGACUGCUUCAUCAAGAUCCCGCGGCGGCCCGACCAGCCCGGCAAGGGCAGCUUCUGGGCGCUGCACCCCAGCUGCGGGGACAUGUUCGAGAACGGCAGUUUCCUGAGGCGUCGAAAGCGCUUCAAGGUGCUCAAGUCCGACCACCUGGCCCCCAGCAAGCCGGCCGACGCAGCGCAGUACCUGCAACAGCAGGCCAAGUUGCGGCUCAGUGCACUGGCCGCCUCUGGCACGCACCUGCCGCAGAUGCCAGCCGCUGCCUACAAUCUGGGCGGCGUGGCGCAGCCCUCCGGCUUCAAGCACCCCUUCGCCAUCGAGAACAUCAUCGCGAGGGAAUACAAGAUGCCCGGAGGCUUGGCCUUCUCCGCCAUGCAGCCAGUGCCCGCUGCUUACCCGCUCCCCAACCAGUUGACUACCAUGGGCAGCUCGCUGGGCACCGGCUGGCCGCACGUGUACGGCUCUGCGGGCAUGAUCGAUUCGGCCACCCCCAUCUCCAUGGCGAGCGGCGACUACAGCGCCUACGGAGUGCCGCUGAAGCCACUGUGCCAUGCGGCAGGCCAGACGCUGCCCGCCAUCCCGGUGCCCAUCAAGCCUACGCCGGCCGCCGUGCCCGCGCUGCCCGCACUGCCUGCGCCCAUCCCUACCUUGCUAUCGAACUCGCCGCCCUCGCUCAGCCCCACGUCCUCGCAAACAGCAACCAGCCAAAGCAGCCCCGCCACGCCCAGCGAAACGCUCACCAGCCCGGCCUCCACCCUGCACUCGGUAGCGGUGCACUGACCCGCAGGCGCUGCCUCGCUCACACCUCGCGAACUCC